UGCUCUACCCUUUUAUGGUCAUUUUUAAUUUGUCCCGUUGAUCAGUCAGCGCCCGAACAACCACAAGUUGCAGGGACAUACUUUCUCCUUGCAUUGAGUCGCAAGGGUAAAUCUGGGCCACCAACCUCUACCUCUGAAAUGAUAUAGAUAUAACAAUGCUGGUAUCUUUUCUUGUCCUCUAACUAAGAUCUGAUUUCAUUCCCAAUUUGGAGAACUUAUCACCAUCGUUUCCUAAACUGUUUUGUUAGCUGAUGUCGCUUGAAGUAGCUCAGUACAUUUAGAACUGCAGCGAAAUUAUGUCGGUGUGAUGAGAUUUUGGUAUGUCUACUUCAAGGUAAGCUUCCCCAGUUACGGAAACUCACAGCUAUUGUCUAAUAUCACUUCACUAUAGACGAUCCACCGGAAUGAAUUCAGCAAUUGGCAGUAGAACCCCACCACCACGUUUGGUAGAUAUUAAAUCCACAAGGCCUCAGUCCAUGGGGCCACCGUCAUUUAUUAAUCCUAGACUACUGUCACGCCGCCAAAUGAGUAGGCCUCAUAAUCAUGGCUUGAUUGAUACUGUUUCAGAGUUGAGGAGAGUUAAUAGCCCAGGUACCAAAUCAAGAGCGAAAAUCACACCUCACCAACCGACUAGUCAAGGUUAUGGAUUUUCGGAUACGAUACCACCAAAGCGUGAAAGAGGCACGAUGAAGGACUUGUCUGACUUUCUCAUGUCAUACGAUCCUCCAGCGCAUAAUCUAGUCGCUCCUCCACAAGCCACUGCACGGAAAAGGUUUGGCCUCCUUCGCAGGAAACAGAAGAGAGAGCCAAAACCUAACCAGUUCCUGAAACUUCCCGAUACUGCUAUUGCUGCAAAAACUCGUCAGGGUGUGCAAUAUAUAGCCAUUUCAAUACCACUAGAGCACGAUUAUCUAGGAAAGACGCAAACUCCUCCAGAGCCUGCAUCGCGUUUUGAGCGUGCUCCGGCACUUGAUAGGGUGCCAGUUGUCGUCCACAAACCGGUUUAUGAUGCCGGGCAGUUGGCAAAAGCUUCACAUGAUCCUCCUAUGCUCGGAAGUAAAACAUCAAUCUCCAAAAGAAGUACCUGGGGACCAGGAACUUUGACUAAAGUGAUUACGAAGCCAGGAUCUGAAGAGAUCGUGCUUCAAAUGGAUAUAUUCAGCGAACUAGUCAGGUACACACCCCGACUGGAAGUAUUUAUCAUGAUGCUUUAGAGACACGACCUCUACUCCAUUCAUCGAAAACGAUUCCCUCGCCUGUCUCACCACUCAAAGUAUCCUUGACAGAUGACUGUCGAGCAAAUUCGCUCAGCUCCGUGAGCCGUCCAAUGUUGUGGAGACACAGAUCUGAUCGCCCACUAAGGGUAGUAAACAGAACACCCUCUCCCGAUGUCAAGUCUACUCAUCAGACCCACAAAAUAGUCAAAUCGAUAUCCACUAUUCAUAGUGUUGCAACCACUGGAACUGGCAUCAGACAAUCUCUACAAUCUAGGCCCGAUAGUAUCAAUACGAAUUCAUCGAUGCCAGCAGUUUUUGGUACAGCUGAGACAAUCGAUCUUCACAACUUCAGAGGGACUACAGCAAGACCGUCUCUUCAGAGUGAAAAGAUAGUACAGCUUCCUGCGGUUGGUUCAGCAGAGCCUGGAAAUGGUCUCGCGAAUCAAGCUACACGUCCUAUAGCAAUUUCGUCCCCCAACAGUUCGCAAAGUGGUAGUAGUGAGAAACCAGCAGAUCAGACAAUAAAAACGAGUCUUCGCGAGAAAGUGAGAGCAAGAAAGGAGAGAGACUUAGCUUCGCUCGGCUUCGGGGAUUCAAACUUGGAUAAAAUAGCCACAAACGAAAUAUACACUCAAUCCUUCUCAGAAAAAUCUCCCAAAACCGAGGUUGGACCAUCAUCUCCCUCAAGUUCAAGUUCCAAAUCCAUCGCACUUCCAGCUCGCUCGACAGAACGGCCCUCGCGAAACGCUGUGGUUCUGGCCACUCCUGACAUCAUGCUUGUUGCUGAUCUCCCACCUUAUUUUAAUCAUGUUCAUCAAUCUGAUAUCCCACUUCCACGUCCUAUUUCUCACGUUCCAGCGGUUCCCUCGCCAUCACGUCUUCCAAGACCAAAGUUUACUUUAAGUAGACCACUUCAGUCGCUUGAUGAAGGAAAUUCUACCUACACACACCAUUCCACCCAAACAAUUUUAACUCACACCCGCCCCUCUCCUCAAUUUCAAAAGGCCUGCCAUGCCCGUCUGAGUAGUGAGCCUCUCGUGUAUCCACCAUUGGAUCAAGCGGCUAAUGGACAUAAUUUCGAUGGUUUAGAUAUAGACAUGGAUACUGUGCAAGAAAGGGAAAUAGGGCCGAGAAGCUCCAGAGAAAGAGAACUCGAGACUAGAAUGAGGAUUAUCGAGAGAGAUACUGAUGUACUUUUGAGUACGCUAGCGGGCAUCGUGAAAAGUUUUGAUGGUUUGGGACAGGUGGCUAGAUUGAGGUGGGAGGGUGUGAAUGGGAGGGAUAGAGGGGUGAGGUCUAGUGUUAUUGGUAUUGAUGGGGUUGCAAGGGAAGAAAGUAAUGGGAAGAUGUUUGGUUCUGGGGAGAGGAAUGUGGGGAAUAGGAGGAGAGCGGCUACUACUGGGAUGGGGAUGGGCAUGGGUAUAGGUAUGGAGGACAGGGAUAUGGAUCUGGUGAUGAGGGGGAUUCACGGACCGGCAUCGAAUAUUAGCAAUGAGUUUUUGAAGGUACGGGGUAGAUAAGUGGGAGAGGAUGGGUUUGCAGUGUUUCUGUGAGCGAUAUGGACAGGAUAGAGAAGAGGCGUUUUGGAUCUGGAUUAGGGCUGGAAUGAGACAAAUCUUAGGUAACAUCGGAUUCUAGAUGGAUGUUUGCUUGCAGAGGGAUAUGAGUGAACUUUGAGUUUCAAAAAGGAAGAUAUCAUAUUAUUGGGUAGCCAUGCUAUAAUAUACCCAAGAAUUGGAAACUUCAUCGCACUUGAAGAUUUUAUCACCUCGUAUGGCUCGACUUUGUACAAGUGAAUUUGGGGAAAAUAUGACAUCGGAAGGCAGGCAGCGAAUAUAGCGUUUUGGUUU